AGUCGCCUCUCAAGCACUGCACGAUGAUGUCAAAGACGAUCAUUGCCACCCUAGCCGUUGUCCUUUUCGGGAUAGUAGCAGGUAGUCCUGUUGCUGAACCCGAACCUGAAGCUGAGCCAGGAUUCCAUAGAGGUUUUGGUGGAGGAUUUGGUGGAUUUGGUGGACAUGGAUUCGGAUAUGGAGGCUACCGUGGAAAGAGGAGCCCAGUAGCUGAACCUGAACCUGAAGCUGAGCCUGGAUUCCAUAGAGGUUUUGGUGGAGGAUUUGGAGGAUUUGGUGGACAUGGAUUCGGAUAUGGAGGCUACCGUGGAAAGAGGAGCCCAGUAGCUGAACCUGAACCUGAAGCUGAGCCUGGAUUCCAUAGAGGUUUUGGUGGAGGAUUUGGAGGAUUUGGUGGACAUGGAUUCGGAUAUGGAGGCUACCGUGGAAAGAGGAGCCCAGUAGCUGAACCCGAACCUGAAGCUGAGCCAGGAUUCCAUAGAGGAUUUGGUGGAGGAUUUGGUGGAUUUGGUCAUGGAGGUGGCAGAUAUUAUGGUUAAGACAAGGAUGUGAAAGUUCUUCAAAUUGUAAUGUUAAUCCAAAUAAAAAAAGUUAUUAGAAAGUACAUAUAA